AAAAAGGAGAUAAAAAUUUGAAAGAAGAUCAAUCUAUACCUAUUUCUAGAAUACAUGAUCCUAUCUUUAAAAGACCCUAAAGGCUCAGCGGUUAAGAGCACUGUCGGCAUUUUGAGAGGACCUGGGUUCUAUCCCCAACACCCACAUGGGGACUCACAACCAUCUGUAACUCUAGUUCCUAGGAAUCUGACGCCUUCUUCUGGCACACGUGUGGUAUGCAGACAUACAUGUGAACAAAACUCUUAUAUAAAAAAAAUUAAAGAUGCUACCAAACACUCUUAGCUGAUAAACCCUCUCAGCAAAGAACAGGAUACAAAAGCAUCAUGUAAAGCUUUUCUAUGUGCCAGUAACAAACUUGUUGAGAAAGAAAUCAGACUCCACUCACAAUAACUUUUAAAAGUAAAAUACCAGGGCUGGAGAGAUGGCUCAGCAGUUAAGAGCACUGGCUACUCUUCCGGAGGUUCAAAUUCCCAACAUCCACAUGGCGACUCAGCCAUCUGUGACUCCAGUUCCAGGAGAUCCAGUGCCCUGUUCUGGCCUCUGCGGGCACCAGGCAUGCAUGCUGUGCACAGACAUACAUGCAGGCAAAACACCAUCUACAUAAAAGAAUAACAUUUUCAAGUUAAUAAAAAACAAAACAGGAUUGAAUGUAGCAAAGGAGGUGAAAGACCUCUACACUAGAAACUUUAAGACACUGUAAUGAAGAAAUAAAAGACACUAGAAAAUGGAAAGGUCUCCACCGCUCAUGAAUAGGUGGAGUUAAUAUUGUGAAAAGGCCAAAUUACUGAAAGUGAUCUAUAGAUUGAACUCAGUACCCAUCAAAAUUCCAACAAUACAUUUCACAAAUCAUAAAAAAAAACACUUCAAAAAAAUCAUAAAAUUUAUAUGGAAACACAAAGAGCCCCAAAUAGCCAAAGCAGUCCCAAGCAGAAAAAGCAGUGCUGGAAUACCACAGUACCUGGCCUCAAAUGACGUUUAAGAGCUGUAGUGACAAAAACAUCAUGAUAAAAGACAAGCAUAGACAGGCAGACCGAUAGACUACCAUGGAGGACCCAGACAGAGACCUAUGCAGUGACAGCACCUGAUGUUUCAUCCUGGUGUCCAAAACACCUUGACAGAAAGCCUCAGCAAACGGAGAUGAGAGAACUGGAUAUUCAAGUGCAGAAGAAAACUAGACCGCAUCGCUCACCCUGUGCAAAAAUCCAUUCAAAGUGCAUCAAAGACCUUCAUGUAAGACCUGAGUCUCUGACUGGGUGGUGGUGGUGCACAGCUUUGAUCCCAGCACUCCGGAGGCAGAGCCAGGUGGAUCUCUGUGAGUUCGAAGCCAGCCUGGUCUACAGAGUGAGAUCCAAGACAAGCACCAAAACUACACAGAGAAACCCUGUCUCAGGGAAGAAAAAAAAAAACUAAGUCUCUGAAACUGCUAAAAGGAAACAAUUCAAGACAUGCUGUAGACACAGACAAGGACUUAAAUAGGCCAGGAAAUAAUCUCAAGAAUUCACCAAUCGACUACAUGACAUCAAAAACCUUCUGUGCAGCAAAGGAAACCAUCAACUGAAUGAGGGCACAGCCCACAGAGCUACACAUCUGACAGAGCAGUGUGGUGUUAUAUCCUUAUACUCAAAUAAAGCUUGCCUGCAGAUCAGAGGACAGAGCCAGCCACAGUUAGCCACAGAGGUCAGGCAGUGGUGGCACACACCUUUAAUCCUAGCACUCGGGAGGUAGAGAUCUGUUUGGAUCUCUGUGAAUUCAAAGCCACCCUGGACUACAUGAAAUUUAUCCAGUUUAAAAGAGAAACAGCCAGGCAAUGGUGAUACACAUCUCUAAUUCCAGUACUUGGGAGUCGCAUGCCUUGAAUCCCAGCACUAGGAAGGUUGAGACAGGAAGAGAUAUGGCUGGGCAGAGAAAGGAGUAUAAGGCGGGAGGAGACAGGAACUAUAGUCCCUUUCGGCUGAGGACUCAGAGGCAUUCAGUCUGAAGAUCUGUGGAGACAGGAUCUUCUCUUUUCAGCUGAGGAGUUGGCGAGGUGAGAAGUGGCUGUGGCUUGUUUCCUCUGAUCUUCCAGCAUUUACCCCAAUAUCUGGCUCCAGGUUUUUAUUAUAAGACCAUUUAGGAUUCGAGUAAUAUCGAGGAUCUAUACUGAGCUCCAAAAAUGACACGCCUCCCCCCCCCAAAUCAUCCAGUCAAUGGAUGGCAAAUGAACAGCUCAAAAGAGGGAAAUGACCUGAAAAAUACACGGAAAAGCAAUGUCCUAAAUAUGGCAGCCACUGCCAGUGAGGAUAUGAGGAGGAACAGCCUAUCCACUGCUCCUGGGAAUGUAACUGGGAUGCAGCUACUAAGGAAAUUGGUAAGAAGCUCCUCGAGUUAAAACUAGAACUCCUGGGCAGGAGAAAUGGCUCAGCCUGUGGAGACCCCAUUUUCUACGGAUUGCAAAAAUAGUCACCACUGCCCGGGGGAUGUGCUUCUCAGUUUCUUUGUGUGAUGGGAGGGCCUAUGGACAGAGCCAUACAGAUAGACCACCUUCCUGCCUCUGACUGGCAUCCAUCCUGAUCCAUGACCUGGCUUUUAUCAGCUUUUCCUUUGAGGUAAAAAAUGCAAUCUGCCUCCUCCUGGCCAAUGGUCUGGCCCUUGGCAGGCUGUGCUGCCCCUAAGGGUAGUGUCUUAGUUAGGAUUUCUAUUGCUGUGAAGAGACACCAUGACCACAGCAGCUUUUAUGAAGGAAAACAUUUAAUUAGGCUGGCUUACAGUUUCAGAGAUUUAACUCAUUGUCAUUAUGGUGGGACAUGGUGGCGUGCAGGCAGAGUGGUGCUGGAGACGGAGCUGAGAGUCUUAUAUCUCAACCUGCAGGCAACAGGAAGUGGUCUGAAACACUAGAUGUGUUUCAGAUGGCCUGAGCUUAUAUGAGACCUCAGAGCCCACAUCCAUAGUAACACACUUCCUCCAACAAGGCCAUACCUACUCCAACAAAGCCAUGCCUCCUAACAGCGCCACACUCCCUAUGAGGUUAUGGGGCCCAAUUCAAUUCAAACCACCACAGGUAGUGUGAGGCUUAACACUAUAAAUGGCUGCUGAGGAGCAAACUGGGAGCUGGGCAACAGUGGAUGCCCUGACGGCCAAAGAAGCAUUCUUCAGACAGGAAUUCUAAUGGGCUUCAUUGACAUUUCUAUACAUGUCUCUAUGGUUCUUUGCUCUGAUCUACUGUCUAGUAACUUUUCCUGUUGCCCUAUUAAAAUACCUUAACAAAGCAACUUAAGGAAGGGAGCAUUGAUUUUGACUCAGUUCCGUGGUCCGUUGUGACAGAAAAGUCACAGGUGCAGGAGCGUGAGGUCACAUUGUUCCCAGUCAGGAUGCAGAGACAGAUGAAAGUGUGCUCUGUGACUCCUGAUCCCACCCCAGGGAGUGGUUCUGCACACAGUGAGUAGAUCUCCCCACCUCAGUUAACCCAGUCAUGAUACUCCCCCACAGGCAUGUCCAGGCUCACCCAUCAGGAGAUUUUGGAGCUCAUCAGGUUGAUAAGUGACUAGUCAUCACACCUACCAUUACAAGUCUCUUACUUCCACACUUUUCUUUAAAUUGAGUCUCAUUAUGGAGCCCAGGCUGGCCUCGAACUUACACAGACCUGCCUGCCUCUGCCUCCCGGCUGCUGGGAUGGAAGGUGUGUGCUGCCACAGCUGGCCACUCCCACAUUUCUUUCCUCUUCUGGUGCCUUUCACUAAUAGUGUCUCUUCUAUUUUUAAGAUGCCUUUUUCUUUCCUCCCUAGUUUUCUCAUAUGAAAGAAAACCUGUAAUACUUGUGAGGGUUUGCUUGAGAAACCUCCCCCAUAAUCUCCAGCAUUUGAACACUUAAUGGGCUCUCAUUUGGUGGCACUGUCUGGGGAAGGUUAGGACCUGAGGCUUUGCUGGAGGAAAUAUGUUCCUGGGGGCAUGUUUGGAGUGCUUAAGGCCUCACCCAAGUUCUAACUGGGCUCUUUGCUUCACACUUGUGGUUAAGAGGUUAGGGCUGGGCACCCUGCUCCUGCCACAGCCCCCCACUUGCAGCCAUGCUCCCCCACCAUGAUGAACUCUUAUCCCUCUGGAACCGUAAGCUCAAACAAAUCUUCUGUAAGUUGCUUGGUCAUGGUGUUUCAUUACAGCAUCAGAAAAGCAACUAAAACACAUGUCUUUCUGCGUCUGACUUUUGGCUUAACGUGAUGACCUCAGCCUCUGUCCAUUUGCCUGCAAAGUCAUUCAUCUUUAUAGCUUAGUAAAAACCCCUUUGUGUAUACAUACCUCCUCAUUUUCUUUAUCCAUUCAUCUGUUAUGGGUUUCUCUGCUGGUCUCUUGGCCUUGGAAUAAUGUAGUAAUUGACAUAGAUGUGUAGGGUAUCUCUGUGAUGCUUUGACUUAUAUUCCUUCAGGUUUAUAACCAAUGCUAUGGGUGGGUCGUAUGGUGGUUCUAACUUUGGUUUCUUAAGGAACCUCCAAACUGAUUUCCAUAGUGGCUGCAUUAAUUCACAUUCCUACCAACAGUGUGUAAAGAUUCCUUUUGUUCCACAUUCUCACUUGAAUUGCCUACUUUUAGAUAUUUUGGUAGCAGCCUUUUUUUACUGGAAUGGCAACACAUUCCUUAAUAGCAAAGUAUGUUGGGCAUUUUCCCUUCUGUUUAUUGGCUCUUUGUUCCUCUUUUGAGAUGUGUCUGCUCAAAGCAUCGGCCCAUUUAUAAAUUGGAUUUUUUGUUUUUCUAUUUGUUAUUCUUUGUGUGUUCUAUGCAUUAAUCUUCUGUUGCCUGAAACACUAGCCAAACCUUUCUCCCAUCCCGAGGUCAAUGCUUUGCUCUGCGGUGCAGAAUUGCAGCGUGACACCAUCCCACCUGUCAGCUUUUGCUGUUGUUUCCUGGGCCAGAUUCAGUUCCGUGACUUGUGUCUUCUUCAUGAAUCUGUACACACUGUCUAUUAUCACAUCCUGGAGACCCGACCUCCAGAAGGUCAAUGCUGGCUGCUACUCUGGGCUAAUCUAGAAUAGCGUUUACUACCUGCUGUAAAAUAAGGAGUGGAGGUUGGUAGAUGUGGAACUAUCACACUGUAGUCAAACCUGCCUUGUAGUCUGAGAUCAUGAGUCUCAAGGUCGCUUCCUUGAGCAAAGUACUGUCUUAUCUUAAUUAGAGUGUAAGAGGACAAUUUAAAUUUCACUUUAGAUCUGUUACUUUGUUCUCCAUUGUAACUUCACUUGGGCUUAUUGGAAGAAAACACUUUCCAAGAAACUUACCCCAUGGCAGACUAAAACUGAAGAACGUAUUAGAAUAUACUAUGAGUACACAUGCAUACACACUCAUGACGAAGCUGUUCAUAAUUAGGCCCAGUGAGAGAUUAGCAACAAUAACUAAUAAUCCAGUUGAAUGUUAACAGUGUUCUGCAUUCUGUACAGGGGUGCCAGUAUCACUGGACCUGAGCUUUGGAACUGUUAUUAAAUGAAAUCAGGACACAGCUCUGCCAUACUGUAAUAGUCGAUGUGACAACUGAUCACUCCUAGGUAACUAACGGACACCUAGCAUAUACAGCUUGGAUGCAGUGGACUAAGGCAUGGCUUAUGAAGCGGGUGGGAUGGACUGGGACAAUAGGAGCUGUAAUCAUGCCACUCAGGGCGGCACACGGUUCUAAAUGAUGAAUUGUUUCUGAAAUUUCAAUAUAGUAUUUUUCAGGUUGCAAUUUCCCCACAUAUAACCAAAAUUCCACUAAAAAGGGAGACUGCUGGGCAAAGUUGGCAUGGGCCGUCCUAACACUCUGUGUCCUUGAUUCUCUUCCUUUAGAUGGAGGUCCAGCGAAGUCCUCUUGGCACUUGGCCUCUGGGUCACUGAAGUUCAUUCAGUUUGCUGUCUAAAGUCCAGAGUCAUAACUGGCCUGUGCACACAGCCGAUUAGCUGAGUCACUGGGGCCGUGCAAGUGUACAAAGAGAAAGUGGGUAGGGACUCACGCUCAGUCUGCCGGGCCUCUCCCAGGGGCUCUGGAUGCUACUGUGUGCAGAGCUCCAUAGGUCUGCUGCUUGAAGAGGGCUCAAGGAGCCAGCACUGAGCCCUGGUGGACAGCAGAGCACGCUGGGAUAAUCCUGCCCAAAAAGGAAAGCAGCUGCUCCUGUCCCCAAGGAAAGCAACAGCGGUGUUUUGGUCUCUCCCUGCUGCCGUCAGGUGUCAUGUGGCUGGAACUUCUCCUGGCUUCGGUGCUGGGCCUUGUCAUCUACUGGUUUGUCUCCCGGGACAAGGAAGAAACCUUGCCACUUGAAGAUGGCUGGUGGGGCCCAGGGUCGAAGCCCUCAGCCAGAGAAGAUGAGAGCAUCCGGUCUUUCAAGGUGGAGACAUCAGACGAGGAGAUCAAGGACUUACACCAGAGGAUUGACAGGUUCCGGGCAUCCCCGCCUUUGGAGGGCAGCCGCUUCCACUAUGGCUUCAACUCCAGCUACCUGAAGAAAGUGGUGUCCUUCUGGAGAAACGAGUUUGACUGGAGGAAGCAGGUGGAGAUCCUCAACCAGUACCCCCACUUCAAGACCAAGAUUGAAGGGCUGGACAUCCACUUCAUCCAUGUGAAGCCUCCCCAGCUGCCCUCAGGCCGCACCCCAAAGCCCUUGCUGAUGGUGCAUGGCUGGCCCGGCUCCUUCUAUGAGUUUUACAAGAUCAUCCCACUGCUGACUGACCCCAAGACCCACGGCCUGAGUGACGAGCACGUGUUUGAAGUCAUCUGUCCCUCCAUUCCUGGCUAUGGCUUCUCAGAGGCAUCCAGCAAGAAAGGCUUCAAUACGGUGGCCACUGCCAGGAUCUUCUACAAGCUGAUGUCGCGGCUGGGCUUCCAGAAAUUCUACAUUCAAGGCGGGGACUGGGGGUCCCUCAUCUGCACCAACAUGGCCCAGAUGGUUCCCAACCACGUGAAAGGCCUGCACUUGAACGUAGCUUUCAUUACAAAAAAUAUCUACACCCUGACCCCUCUCCUGGGCCGGCGUUUCGGGAGAUUUCUUGGCUACACUGAGAGGGAUAUCGAGCUGUUGUACCCCUUCAAGGAGAAGGCUUUCUACAGCAUCGUGAGGGAGAGUGGCUACCUACACAUCCAGGCCACCAAGCCAGACACCGUGGGCUGUGCUCUGAAUGACUCACCCGUGGGCCUGGCUGCCUACAUCUUAGAAAAGUUCUCCACCUGGACCAACCAGGAAUACCGUGAACUGGAGGAUGGAGGCCUGGAGAGGAAGUUCUCCCUGGAAGAUCUGCUGACCAACAUCAUGAUCUACUGGACAACAGGAACCAUUGUCUCCUCCCAGCGCUUCUACAAGGAGAACAUGGGCCAGGGCAUCAUGGUCCAUAGGCAUGAGGGGAUGAAGGUCUUAGUGCCCACCGGCUAUUCCGCCUUCCCUUCCGAGCUACUGCAUGUUCCAGAAAAGUGGGUGAAGGUCAAGUACCCCAAGCUCAUCUCCUACUCCUACAUGGAGCGUGGGGGCCACUUUGCUGCCUUUGAAGAGCCCAAGCUUUUGGCCCAGGACAUCCGCAAGUUCGUGUCCCUGGCAGAGAGGCAGUGACGCCCUCAGGAAUCAACCUACAGCCUCGGCAGCAGCUCUGGAGUCUCCCCAGUCUCCCUUAAGAAAGAUGCCCUCUUUCUAAAGGAAGUUUUUGUGCCCUGCAGGCUCUGGAGCCUGGGUACCUCCUCCACCUCUCCCCACCCUCAUGUUAGGUUACAGACCUUAAAACACAUGGCCACGGGGCUGGAGAGAUGGCCCAGAGGUUAAGAGCACUGGCUGCUCUUCCAGAGGUCCUGAGUUCAAUUCCCAGACACCACGAGGUGGCUCACAACCAUCCAUAAUGAGAUCUGGUGCCCUCUUCUGGCCUGCAGGUGUAUAUGCAGACAGAACACUGUAUACAUAAUAAAUAAAUAAAUCUUAAAAAAAAAAAAAAAAAAAAAAAAAAACCCACAGCCACUUUAAGAACCAGGUGCCCCGGCUCUGGAAAGAUCUAGCCAUGCUUUCCUGCAGAAGAGGGAGUAGUCUGGGGUAGAGAACUAACAAGUGGUUUGUCCUCUCCCUCCACCGUGCGGCUGUGGGCAAGCAUUAGACCCAUAAUCCCCUGUUGCCAAGACCCAAGGCAACUUUGAAUUAUGAUUUCACUCUUAUCUAGUGCCUUCUUGCCCCCCUGACUCCUAGCACAUAAGCUAGAUCUCCCGCCAUGGAACCUCCCCGACUUGCAAAGAACCCCCUUUUGUCCCACAUCCUCAGAGGCUCUCUGGCUUGCUCCCCCCCCCCUUGAAGACCCCCUUGUAGGUCAUAACACACCUAAUAAAGCUUUUCUGGAGCAAAAUUCGCCUCAGUACCUGUCUGUGACACCUAUGCAUCUUUCCUAAAGUUUACCUGACAUGCUAUAUACCUGUGUUAAGCAUGGUAGCCUUGGUGACAAAUGAUUUUACUUCUAAGCACAGCUGGACCAAAUGGCAUCCUCUAUUCCAAAGCAACCCACACAGAGCUCUCCUCCCAGAGGUGAGCUCACACUUCUGUGACCCACACGGGGCUCUCCUCCCAGAGGUGAGCUCACACUUCUGUGACCCACACGGGGCUCUCCUCCCAGAGGUGAGCUCACACUUCUGCCCUUGUGCUUGGUGCCUACUGGGCCCUGUGAAAUCAGUCCAGACUGGCAAAGACAGGGAAAGCAGCUGGAAACAGUCACUGGCCAGCACCACCCUCGACCAAGCACCGCCCCCAGAGCAGUGCUGGCACCAUCCAGACACUCACAAAGCUCAAGCCCAUGGGGAAAAGGCAGUGUGGCUGACUGGCUAGCUCACGUGAAACGGCCCUAAUAGUCAAGGGCCACCAGACCUGAGAAAGAGGGAUGGCAGAUCCUGCCUGGUCCCUGUGGUAAGGGACCCUGUCUGUGGUAAGGAACUGAGGCAGGCCCAAGUAGUUAUCUUCUGAUUUAACACAGCUCUGCCCUGGCCCACACCUUCACUCAACCUUGGACUGCUAGGUCCCACAUCCCCAUAUGUGUCUUGCCACACCCCUUCUGUUCCAUGUGGGCACCCAGCCUCAUCCUGUCCCCUGUGGCCCAACCCCAGAUCCCACUCUGGAAAAAGAAAGAGCUACCAAAGACAGAAGAAAUGAGGGGGGGGGGCACCCUCUUCUCUCUGUGCCUGCC